AUGAUCCUUCGACAGUCUGGCCGCCAGCUUUCAUUUGCAGAGGCCUCCGCCGUCAAUUCCGGUUACGAUGCUCCCGCUGCUGUCAUUCACGCUACAGAUGAUACUACCGGAACGUUCUCUACAGCGUCACACUUUGCGGCAUUGCAGCGAGCAUACGCAGAUAAUCACUCGGAAUGGAUUCAUCAGCUCAACGAGCGAACGCCCUAUCACCUGUGGAAGGGCCCCGGCAUCGUAUUUACCCCCACUGGGUUUCAGAUGCGUCUACCUCGAUUCCAGGAUUG